AUUUUCCUCCCCUGUCAGUUGUUGCCCUUCGUUUUUGGUUGUUUUCCUCCGUACGGUCCUCAAAAUAGUAGCUGAUGGCUUGAACUUUGCCAAUAUUCUAAUGCGGAGAGUAUUGACAGAGUUUGAAUGUAGGCCGAGGGCCAUUUUGUCGAGAGUUGUCCAUGGAGAACUUGAGCCCGGGACAAAUAGCUGUCAAGCAGCUGAAGCAGCAGUACCUAGAGGCUUUGCAGGCUAACGAUACCCAGGAGGUCCUCCGGAUUCUGCACACCAGUAAUAUGGACAUAGACACGGUACUGGAGGUGGAGGACCCCAGCAUGGUCCUGGCUUCUUACAAACAAGGGUAUUGGCUACCAGGCUACAAACUAGAAAGUUCCUGGGCCAUGGGUCUUCAUGUUUGCGUGAUGUACAACGCUGUGGAAACUGCACUGGUGCUCCUUCAGGAAGGUGCUGCCAUCAACCGCAUGCCCAAUGGGAAGACACCGUUGCACGUGGCCUGCGAGGUCUCCAACGCCGACUGUGUGGCUCUGCUUUUGGCGCAUGGUGCAAAAGUCAACAGCCUGUCACUCAGCGGACACACACCAUUGCACUACUGUAUCACCAAAGAGUCGGUGGAUUGUGCCAAGUUGCUCAUCCUUCAAGGUGCCAAAGUUACCACCCCCAGCCACAACAAUGAAGAAGACACACCCUUGCACACCGCAGCCAGAUUUGGAGUCCCAGAGCUGGUGGCCCUUUAUUUAGCCCACGGAGCAUCAGUGGAUGGACUCAACUCUUUUCAAGAGAGCGCCCUGAUGACUGCCGCCUUUUGGUCCUUUGACCCCAAAGAACAAACCUACAGCCAAGAUCACCAUCUUGUCUGCCGCCUUCUGUUGGACCAGAAAGCAGAUGUCAACCUUCAAGAGGAAGACCAUAAAACUGCUCUUCACAAGGCAGCCUGGAACUGUGAUCAUAUUGUGAUGCAGAUGUUACUCGAGGCUGGAGCGGAUACACGAGCGAUGGACAUCAACGGCUGCUCUCCCAUUCAGUAUCUCAUCAAAGUGACUGAUGUAAGGCACACAGCCCUACCUGAAAUCUGCUAUCAGCUGCUGCUAAACUACAAUGCAGCUAGGAUCUAUCCACCACAGUUCCACAAGGUGUUGCAGUCCUGCCACGACUACCCCAAAGUUGUAGAGAUCAUGGUCAACUCUUAUGGACGUCUAAAGCCCACAAGGAAGUGGAGAGAAGCCAUUCCUGAUGACUGCUAUAAGAGGAAUAAGGAAUUCUACGACUCUUUGUACAACGUUUGCACAAACAGUCCUCGCAGUUUGCUGCACCUCACUAGAUGUACCAUAAGAGGCAGAAUGAGAGGCUCCUGCGAAAGAGGAGUAGCCAGUCUCCCUUUGCCAUUCAGCAUUAAGAACUAUUUGUUGUUGAAACCUGAGGGAAUACUGUACUGAUUCCUCUAUGUGAAAUCAGUUGGACGAAGAAGGGUUUCAAGAGAGAACAUUAAAUACCGGCUGAGAGGAUGACAAACAUUUCACUUACAUGUUAUCAUUUGACCUUUACUGACGUUUUGUUGUGGAGCUUAAAGUUCUUCUGCCACAUUGCAUCUAAAUAUACCCGGCAACCAGCCUUACGAAAACUCAAGUACAAACACUUGACAAGUUCCUUCUCAAUAAAUGUUUGGUUUUCUAAUGGACUGCACUCACGUUGAAAAACUCAACUAUUUCCUACACUCUAAAAAAUCGUUAGAAAACUUGAGAAAGUGUCAAGAUAUUUAAGUAGGACUUCUGCAAUCUACCCAUGUGCUGAGUCAUGCGCAGUCCAAUUUAUCCUGGGUUGAUAAUAACAGUGAUUGUAUAGUUGGGAAUCGUCAAGCAACUUAAUGGGAAAAAUGCUUCCAAAGCUCCUGUUGAAACUAAACAGGUAAAUUACUUUACAUAAUGCAGGUUGUUAAAAUACAUGGAAAAUGAUUUGCAAAUGAGAACAAAUGAUCUUCUAUUUUUAUAAAAUGUAUCAAGUAUUUGUUAUGUUGUAACCCCCCCCCCCACACCCCAAAAUUAGGUAGACUUUGUCCAUCCAUUCAUCUUCUUCUGCUUAUCCGAGGUCGGGUCGCAGGAGCAGGUGUUUGGGUGGCAUCCUGAUCAGAUGCUCAAACCACCUCAUCUGGCUCCUCUCGAUGUGGAGGAGCAGCAGCUUUACAUUGAGCUCCUCCCGGAUGGCAGAGCUUCUUACCUUUUCUCUAAGGGAGAGACCCGGCACCCGGCGGAGGAAACUAAUUUCGGCCGCUUGUACUCUUGAUCUUGUCCUUUGGGUCAUAACCCAAAGCUCAUGACCAUAGGUGCGGAUGGGAAAGUACUGUAGAUCGACCGGUAAAUUGAGAGCUUUGCCUUCCGGCUCAGCUCCUUCUUCACCACCACGAUUCGAUACAGCGUCUGUACUACCAAAGACGCCGCACUGAUCCGCCUGUCGAUCUCACGAUCCACUUUUCGCUCACUCAUGAACAAGACUUUGAGGUACUUGAACUCCUUCACUUGGGGCAGGGUCUCCUCCCAAACCCAAAGAUGGCACUCCACCCUUUUUGGCCGAGAACCAUGGACUCGGACUUAGAGGUGCGGAUUCUCAUCCAAGGUAGACUUUGUUCCAAAUAAAAACGUAUCUGUUUUAAACAAAUUCUGUAAGGUGUGAUUACAAAGGUUGGGGUGACCAAUUAAGACUUAAUGUUGGGUCCUAGUGCCAAAAUACACGAAUGGGACACUUGCCAAGCUAAACCAAAACGUAUUUAGGGGUAUAGGUUGUAUUCCUCUGAUGUCACGCCUUGGUCAUUAACGAUGCCAGGCUCCAAGUGGUGGUCCAGUGAGCCUUAGGUGUCAUAGCGUUCUUGGAGGCAUUUUGCCUUUCUCCAAGAAAAAUACCCCAUGCUUGUGUUAGUUUUGGCUGUAUGAAUAGUUAAUACCGCAAAAAGGAUAAAAGCUUCUUCAGAGUUUCUUGAGAGGUAAUGAAAAGGGCGAAAGAUUGACAUUUUUUUAUGGAAGUUGAUGAGAAGGCAGAGUGGAAGAAUGUGCGAGUUUGCAGUAAUCACUUUAUUUAAUACUUUUAACGUUUAUUAUUUACCAUUGAAGUAUGGUAAACACGUGUUAGCUACAAGUUUUUCUAAAAGCACCAACUCUGCAAGUUUUAAUAAAAAAUAAGCAUAAGUCAGCAAAACCUAAGAGUUAAGUUUUUACCAAAGACAACAAUCAUAAAUUAAUCUUUCAGCACAUACACGAUGUUGACAUCUGUAGUUAUAUUUUGAUAAACAAUCAUAAACGAAUCUUUUUGCACAUUCACAAUGUUCACAAUUAGAGUUAUAUAAUGCUAAAAACAAUACUUGUAAAUGGUGCAUCAAGCAGGGGCGUCACUAGACCUAAUACUGUACUGGGGCACACUUGGGGCACAAAUAAUUCAUGUAAGCGUGCAAAGCGCGCAAGCUAAAUUUUUUUUUAGCACUUAUUUAUCUAAAAAAUACAUAGUGCUUUAAACUGUGAAAUCAUAUCAGAUUAUGUUGUAUGGAUCUUUGAUUAACCACCUGAAAUUAACUAAUGCAUUUGACCUACUUGUGCACUUUUUUACUCCAGACUUCUAAACUGCUACUGGUAAAAGCAAAAAGAAAGAGCAAUGAAUCUUUUUGAAAUAUUUAUUGCAGUAAUCAUCUGCAAAUUUAACAUCUACAAAAGUAAAACAAAAAAUAAAGCACCCCUACAUCUCUGGGUUCUUUUAUAUUAUUUAAUUUCCAUUUAUGGCAAUGUGGCUAAUCCUAUUUCAGAUACACAAAACUAUAAAAUAUACACAAAACAAUAAAGCCACAGUAGUAGAAUAAAUGAACAACUGUUGUGUGUCUGUUCAGGGAAUCAUUUUCUGAGAAGUAAACUGUAACGUCUCGUUUUCAUUUUUGCAAAGUGGUCAAUCACUCUGGACAGACAUGGAAAUAUUACAGUAACUGUUAUACAGUUGACCAGUGGUUCCCAACUGCUGGGUCGUGACAUAAAAGUGGAUUGUGUGUCAUUUUCAGUGAGUCGCAGUCAGAUGUGUGCAUGAAAAAAAAAAAGUUUAGGGAGAAAAAAAUCUAAUUUUGGCAACAAAACCAGAUAUCUUUUAGCCAUUUUUCUGGUGACUAUGAGUGAGUAUUUUAGCAAAAGGCAAACCGACUAACAAGUUGGAGGAGGACUCAGGACAGACAUGGAAAUAUAUUUUUUAAAAAUCUAAAUGGGGCAACAAAACCCGAUAUUUUCAGCCAUCUUUCUGAAAACAAAUACAGAAAUGUUACAAUUUUUUCUGGAAACAAAACCAGAUGCUAUAGCUGUAGCCAUUUUUCUGGUGACAAAACAAGAUUAUUUUAGUCAAAGUCACACCAAUUAACAAGACAAGUCCACUGUGCUAUUUUUCUGUGAAAUAAACUUGAAUGAUUUAAAAAUUUG